AUGGAUGUAAGCAUAUGCUCUCAACAGUGCGUCUCAUUGGAGAAGAAGGUGGACGCACAUAAUGUGAAAACAGCAGAUGUGGUGUCAAUGGCUGAUUGCUCUAUCACCAUCGAGGACAUUGAGGGGGAGCUGUCUAAAAUUGAGCGCAUACAAAACAUCCUGGUGCGCAGAGAGUCGGAGCUCAGAUACAUGAUGGAUGAUAUUCAGCUCUGCAGAGAAAUCACCAGACUGAAGAAAGAGCUGCAGAAGAUUAUCUCAAUUCCAGAAGAGGCAAAGUCCAGUGAGAACAGAGAGAGAGAGGAGGAACUUCUGCAGCAGAUCCACAAACUGGUGGAGACACGGGACUUCCUUGUGGAGGAUGUGGAGUUUGAGAGGCUCAGAGAAAGAGAAGAAGACAGAGAAAUGGCUGCCUUCUUACAGUCUAAACUUACAAAAACAUUAGCUAAAAAGAAUCAUUCUCUGCAAAAUCAACAGGUAGCACCACAGUCUCAUCCAAAACCUGGCCCUUAUCUCACCAAAACUGGACUAACACUGCUCAAGGACUGCUGUGGGCUCAACUGCUCUGUCAUGUAA